AUGACAUCACCAACUGAUCCUAAAGAUUUUUCUAAAUUACGUUCAGUUGCACCAAUAAAUACUGAUCCUAAUGCUGCACCAGCAACAGUUUGGGAUAAAAUAAAACAAAAUUUUGCUAUGUUUAUUGAAGUAUCAAAAAAUAGACCAAUAAGUGAAACACUUUGUUUAAAAGAAGCACUUAUUUUUGGAAUACCUGGUUCAUUUGUUUGUAGUAUGGCUGCAUUUCUUUUAACAACAAAUCGUAUUCGUGUAUUUCAAACAGCUGUAAUUUCUUUACCAAUUUUAAGUAUGGGACGUUUUACACAAUGUCGUGCAGCAAAACAUCAUGAACGUAAAGCAACAAUACUUGUAUCAAAAAUGAUACGUGCUAAAACAUUAACUGAUGGUACAGCUAAACAAGCAGAAUUUGAACGUUUAUUUGCAAAAUCUAAAGUUGAAUUAGCUGAACUUGAACGUCAACUUGAUGAAAUUAUAUCUAAACAACAAACUGGAGGAACUUAA